AUGGAGCUCUUCGCCGACGUCGUCACGAAGAUCGACGAGAACUUUUGCGCCCUAUGCACCAACAAGAAGGACGUCGGCAAAUCUGGCAAGCCCCUCCACCACAAAGGGUCAUCCUUCCAUCGUAUAAUCCCCAAUUUCAUUUGUCAGAGCAGUGACUUCACUGCGGGUAACGAUGGCAAGUCGAUCUACAACGCCAAGUUUACCGACGAGAACAUCAUGAGAAAGCACAUCGGGACCUGUCAAUGGCGAAGGCUAUUCCGGGGACAAAUGACACGUACUUUUUCAUCUGCACGACAAGGACGAAGUGGCUUGACAACAAGCACGUGGUGUUCGGUGGUGGAGGAGUACGACAUAUUGAAGGCGGUGGAGAAUGUCGGGUCGGGGAGCCACCGGACCUCGAGACGGGUGGUUUUCAUAAAUGGGAAAUUCGAAAUGCUCUUUGCACGCAAAAUUUAUAUGGAUCCGUCUCAUAAUGGACUUAGAGAAGAAUAA